GAUGCUUUACAUCACUGCAUAUUCUGCAUCCCAUCUCAACUUGACAAUCUAUCUCAAAACAGGUCACAGCAAUGGAUAUUUAUGACAUCUCUGUCUUAUAUCUUAUGUCUUUCAAAGAUAUUCACAAAACGUUAUUCCUGUGAGUGGCAAAGAAGUUGCUUUGAAAGACAUCUGGGGACUGUUAAUCCACUGAAAUUCAAUAAGCAUUAAAGCAACUGCCAGUUCUUUUCUUUUGAAAGAAGUUGUAUAGUUUUCAGAUUUUCAUUCAAUUUUUUAUGAAAUGUGAUGCAGAAGUUUGCCCCCAGCUUAAAGCAAAUUCUUCUGUCUUAUAAAUACCCUUUGCUCAUGCUUUGGGACAUCAUGUGCUUCACAGUGACUUAUUUAAGAGGACACUGUCCCAUUUUAUAGCCCAAUGUCAGACUUGCUUAAGUCACAUGGCUUGAAUAGAAAACCAGAGAGCAGCCACAAGAUCACAAGGAGGAGCAGAAAAGGCAGAUUCGACAAAGAAGGGUAGACAAGGGAGUGAGUCAUGGAAUAUCAUGGAUAAUGGGCUCAUUAGUGAUGCUCUAUCAUUUGCCAUGAUCCCUGAAUGUCAAAAGUUUUAAAUUCUCUUUCAGGUAUUGCAUGUUGUGCCUAAGAUUUUAAAUAUUCGAUACUUAAAAAAUUAAAUAUUCAUUAUGUUGUUAUGUCAAUAAUUGCAUCAACAAGUGUUUGUUUUCCGCCCAACCCCUACUGUCUCUUCCUUUCGCCCUCCCCAUAAUGGAUGGUUCAACCCUUGUCCUCAGUAACUCCUUUGUUAGCCAAAGCAUCCUUCACAUUGCUACAUGCCUGACUGGAGACAGUACUCACUAGCACCUAGUUUAUAUCAAGACAGAGAGUGUUUGCUUCCUCAGCACUCAGGACGGAGGAGAGCUGGAGCAAGUAUGAAAGGAUGGUUUCUCACUAUCUGAUCUGAAGCAAAGAUGACCUCCAACAUUUUCUACUAAUUCCAUAAAGUGCAUUUCUGGCAUGCCUCAUGAUAAGAAGUCCCGUUGAGCCAGGGGAUUCUCAAUAAUACCUCUACUGUAAAGGGCUUUAAUUCUGCGCUGAAACUCGAGAGCUGCGAGUAGUCAUCUGAGCUCCACAGGGAUGACUUUCCGUAGGCCAGCUGCCCACCUACAAAAAGCUCCAGGCAGGAGGAGAUCAGGAGAUGAGUCCUGCUGGGAGAGCUUGAUAUCAGAGGGCGAGCUUGUGCCCCAUGUUCCUGGCCCCCCACGCACACGUCGGCCGCAGAGUGCCACUGAAGCAGGCCAGUUGGACAAAUGGCUGAAGCAUCUACAGGUGAUGCGGGGCGACCCUCUCGGAGCACCAGCUCCUGACCACGUGCCAGGGGUCACUGCUCGCUCAGCAUCCAUGACAACACUGGACAACGAGCAAACAGGACGUACCUGGAGACAUCAGGGGAUUCCACCCUGCAGAAGGGGUUCAUCUUCAAAUGGGACUCCAAGCCUUUGUGGGAGCUCUUUCGGCAGCCAGGAUUCACUCGUAACCGGUGUUUCUUCUUCUUCAGAGCGCCGAGGAAGCUGUGAGAGAGUUCAUAUCAUACAGACCGCCAGGAAGGAGCACACCCAAGUCAGCUGUCUUACUCCAGUCAAAACUAGGUGGCUACCAAUCCAAAGAAAAGUGAUGACGGCAGCAGAGCUGAAUUUGGACCAGUCUGUUGGCCAGGUGAAACUAAAACAAUCCAUCACUCCGACAUUUCUGCAGAAUAGAGUCACAGCCACGGUGCAGGGUGGUGAGGUUGAGGGAAGUCACACCAAUUCAAGCACUUUAGCUGUGAAGACUUCGCAGACAAAUGAUCAAGUCGCUGCCCAGGUGUCAGAGAAACAACACUUUCCUGCUCAGGAAGGUAGCAGACCUGUUUGCUGGCAAGCUCUGAGGAGAGGCUGGAAUAGUGUCAGGGAAUCAGCUUUCCCUGGAUGCAGCCGGUCCAUUGAGCUCCCCACAGGGAACCCAGACCCUAACAGGAAGUCUCCUCAGAUGAAAACCACCAGCGUAGAGCCCCUCAAGUGUACUCCUCUGCAUGGAACAAAAUAUACAGAGCCCUGCCGACCACACACUCUGCUGCAAGGCACAAACAGCACAGAGGCACACAGGUCCAAUACUUCUUUGCAUAGGACAAGCAGAAUCCAGCCCAUAAAGGCAACAGCUCCAGUGCAAAUACAAACAAACUCUGCUGUGACAACACUCAUUCCUCAGAACAAAGCCAGCUUCUCCUCCAUCACCAUCUCCUCCAGGAAAGUGAGCAGAUCAGCAAGUCUGCCCGGCUCAAACACCCACAGUCCCCUCUCUCAGUCCAGUAGACCUCCUUCUCCCCUCCUAACUCAGCAGUCCAUGGAUCAAACCUCCAGGCAUGUCACAAUGCAGAGGAAGGCCACUAUAGUAAAAGUGACAGAGCAAAGGGUGAUGUCCAGCCCUGUACCGAGCACACAAAGAGUAGGCCCACCAACAGCUGGCAACCACUUGGACACGGUUGUCCACAGGAGAAAGGCUACCAUCAUCAAAGUGACGGAGCACAGGGAGAGCUACAGUCCAGCUAAUGUAGGGUCCAGGAUGAGACACCCAGAGUACAGACACAGCUACACAGAGGGAGGGUUCAAAGACAACGACACAUGGAGUAGGGAAAACCAUUCUCAACCCAUUGCAGCACCUAUAUAUCACAAUUUGGAUUCCACAAAGAGGACAGAUCCUUGUGUAGCAUCAAACACAUCAACCACACAUCCAGGGAAAGACGGUGGAAGUCUACACAGAUCCACACUGAGUCUUUUUGUUAGCAACCCCCCUGCCACAGCAGCACCCGCUCCCUCUGAGGUUUCUCCAAAUGCUGUUGGACAUAGAUCGGACAGGCCGCCCAGGCCACUGAGCUGCUAUGGCAAUCUGUUUGGACACACUGAGCCGAGCAAGGAGAAUGUGACACACCAGCCUGCCAGGAAAUGGAGCUUGGGGCUCCCACAAGAGCCCAACAUCAACCCUAUGAACUCCAUCAGCCCUGGAACAGCGGUAAAAGGAGCAGGUCAGCAAGUGGCACACACACUUAAGCCAAACAGAGACAAGGGGGAACGACUGCCUGCACCAGAGGAUUUGACAAGGAGGGCGUCUACGUCUCUGACUCUCAUCCAGGCUCCGGAUCCCAACUCACAUCAGUCUCCAGAGCAGGUGCUCGCACUCAACGCGGCUGCAGUCAUCGCAAAUAUCAAGCUCCAAAGACAACUCAGUAAAAAGAAAACAUCAAAUGGCAAUUCUGCAAAGGACUCCACCGCGCCACCACUCCAGGGAAAUACUGUGACAGAUAUGCGUAAGACACAACUUGAUCAAGUCCCUGUCAGGCACCACAGUACGCCUCAUGCUGCAUUUGUUCCGCUGAGUCCUGAGCCUGAAACUUCACCUGAGAUGGUUUCCCUACAGGAAGCCUUGCAAAAGUCCAAACCAAACUUCAUCCAUCGAUCCCAAGGCAGAGUGCAGGAGUUGGAAAGGAGAGUGCAGGAAAGACGAGAGAAGGCGUGUUCUGUGGCUCCUCAGACCAGAGCUGUUCUUAAGCAAAGAGCCCACCGCGUCCAGCCUUCCUCUCUGAACGAUAACCUUGUCAGACCUGGAGAUAGAGGCUUUACGGGGAAAGAGAUGUAUCUCGGAUCCAAGCGGAAACUUGCCGAGGCGAGGAGGAAGAAAGAUGGAGAGAGGAACAGGGAGGUGUGUUUGAGCAACAGACAGAGAGUUGAACUUUUCAAAAAGAAACUGUUGGAUCAGAUUCUCCAAAGGGGCAACAACUGAACGACAGAUGAAGAUGGUGAAGCCUGUAGCACUGCAUGACCCACAGUGAAGAAGUAAACUCUUAUUUCUGACUGUGCUGGAUAUGAAAAUAAAAAAUAUAUAAGUGCAGUUCAUGAUGUUACUCCAGCCAUAUACCUCAGCCUGAGCCCAUGCUUGUUUCUCUCCUGUACCAGCAUCAGAUUUGUGUUCCUGAGCUCAACAUCUGUUUUUAAGGAGAAUAAGAGCAUGGCAAUCUUUCAAAAAACUAUAAGGUCACCUAAAACAUCAAUUACUGCUGUUUUGAUGCUUAUUUCACAAUGCUGUAAGACUGCAACCAAAUAAAUGUGUUGUCAGAUCCACAGUAAAAUAAGAAUUUGAAAUAGUUUCCCUUGUUACAACUCUCCUAUAUGCAUUCAUUUCAUAAAAGACAGUGGGGAAAGGGUUGGAUGUACAUAUUCCUGCUCAUGUAAGCAGAUAAAUACCUGACAACAAUAGGUUUAUAUCUAUACUAAGAUUUUUAUAUUCAAAUGGCAAUAACAUCUUUUAGCUUCUGUAUCCAGAGCUAAAGUCAAUGAUUUGAAGGGUACAUAAAAUAAUGUACUUUUUCUUUUUUUAAACUUUGGGUGUAGUUGGGUGAUUUGCUGGGGCGGUUCGCUCUGCUCAUGUGCAGAACUGGGUCGGGUUCUGCCAUAAAAAAAAAGAAGUUUGGCAUAGAUAUUUCUUUUUGAGCAAGACAGAUGCUGGUGACUCAGCUCUUCCUGCAGCAUGCAAUAACAAACGAAGAUGCCUAAAAAUGAACGCAUGAAAUCACGUCUCACCGCUCCAUGUUGGUUGUAAUCAAACAUCACACUGCAACUGAUGAACACACUUAUACGAUAACAUCUCAACGCACACUGUUCAUCCCUGUUUCUCCCAUUUCUUACUUGAUUGCAAAUUGCCGUUCUCUCCAGAAUGCCUGGUGCAAUGGAAUGGGCAGUAGCUCCUCGCUGCACCAUGAAGCACUGAUGCCCUUGGCUGCCACUCUUCUCAUGAUCUCAUGUGAUGUGAAGCUGUAAUACAAGACAAAAUAUGUCAUUAUCCAGGACAGUUUUCAGCUGUCCUCAUUAUACAAGCAUUAUACGGCAGACAGAAGCCUGAAGUGGGCUCUGCUAUAAUUCAGUGCCAGAUAUUAGCUGUAAGAUGGAGGAAUGUGACCCCGUCUCACUGGAAAUGCCCUGUUAAUGGACCCUGCAGAUCUGAAUGGAGCUUUUGUCUCCACCCUUUGUCUCAUGAUGGACUACAGUCUGCCACCGCAGAUUUAGAAUUUGUGUUUUGAUCCACGGUGAAUGUGCCCCCUCGACAACAUGAUGGAGCGGGCCAUAAAUCAGAAGUGAGACGUGUGAAUAUUUAUUUUUGGGAAUAAGAGGCAACGGAGCAGAUGCUCCUUUCAUCACUCUUUGUUGUUAUUUUACUCGUUAGCCUUUAAGUUCGUCUCCUGUCAUAGUCCAGCUGUUUCAUCCAUCUGAAUGUCGCGGAGAAGACAGACGAUUCCUUGCGACUAUUUCUGUAAACCUCACUUCAUGUGCAUAUCCAGUGGGAGUCUAUUAAUAACAGCACCCGUGGUUUAAUAACGGUCUCCUCAUGUCUGAAAUACGCAAAUUCAGAUAAUUACGAAACAUGAAUGCUGCUUAAAAAACAUAUUUCCUUUAUCUUGCUUUUUGAAUAUAACCCUAUUACUAUUCUACUUUACACCUGUGUAAACCCACUGGUGUUGUGACAAAAAUGGUUAUACUGUGAAAUGUGACCUAAAACACAUGUGGAUUCUUUACUUCAACUGUGCUUUUUUUUGUAUUUUAAUCUAAUUAAAUGUAUUUUAUAAAUUCAA